UUUCUUUCUCUCUCUCUAAAUAUCUCCGCCGCCGUCAACUGUCAAACCGGCUGAGAUCCGAAGGCCCAAAGCCGCCUCUUUUUCCGAUUUAUUAAUUUAUUUAUUUUCUUUUUUGAAUUAAAUCUAUAUUUUAGCACUUAAAUACUUUCCAUUAUUACCGAUUAACCCUUAAACGUCAUAUAUCUGACGUGGCAUGCAUCAGUAGUCCAGCCAUGAUCAACCAAAACCGUAGAUACCAGAUUCCAAGCAUUGUGGGCCCCGCCAAGAAACGCAAGGAGAGAGAAGGUGAAAGAUUUAAUGCAAAUUUAGCUAAACCGUUAUUCCGUAGACCCGGUUCAUUUUCUCCGGUUCAUGCAAAAGCCCCCGAGCAAAAGAACCUUCUCCUGGCCGGUUACCUAGCGCAUGAGUUCUUAAGUAAAGGAACCUUAUUCGGGAAGCCGCCUCGGUCGGCGGCGGUGACGGCGCCGGCAACGGCACGACCGCCGGAGGAUGAAGGAGCUCAAUGUAAUAAUAGAUAUGUAGAAAUAGCGAAUUUGCUUAAAUCGGGAGAGGCCCAUUUACCGGGAAUAGUAAAUCCAGCCCAACUGGCCCGGUUUUUACAGCUCUAAUCUGGGCUGUGCUGGGCUUGGUUAAUAUUAUUAUUAAUAUUAGUUUUUUUUUUGAAAAAAAAUAUGCAUGUUAAUUCAUAGGAGGAAACAAAAGUUGAAUGAUCUUUUGUGUAUUUAUUAUUCAUAGUAAUGCACGAAAUCUCAUUCGUGUUGUCCUCAACAACCUUUGACGUGUGAUUUAUAUAUCAUCUUAAUGACUAGUAUUCUCUA